AAUUAAUUUGACGGACGGGAACUCCCAUUGUAGGAUGCAGAUUCAUCCCAAAUUUGUCCUUUUCUAUAAUCUUUCCUUUUUUGUUCACUUAUCCUAUUACUUUACUUGUUCGUAUCCUACGAAAUAGACAAUAAGUUUGAGCAGUUUAACAAUUCGGAGUUCAUUUCUAUUGUUUGGAAACUUUAAUAUUCAUUUUUCAUACUUUUUAACUACGCAUUUUAUUAAAAAAAAAAAUUUCUUAGUUCAGUACAAGAAAAUUUUCAUCUUUAUUCACUGUGUAAAAAACGGCAUCUCACAUUGGUCGAUGAUUUCAUGCUUCCUUUUAACAAUGCACUCUAUAAAUUCUCUCUCUCUUUCUGUCUAUAUAUAUAAACAUUGAACUCUGUGAUCAUUCUAUCGUGUGUUUAUUUUUCUGUUAUCAUUCUAUCGUGAAGUACCAAAAAUUUUAGCUCCGGUCAGCUUUUGAGUUAAUUGUUGUUAAACAGAGUGUAUAUAAGCAUAGAAAGAGAGAUGUUUGAUCUUAAUCUGAGCAUCGGAUCGAAUUGGAAAGAGAAUUUUGAGGAAGAUGAAUCCCCUGUAACGACGGCUUCAUGGGUUGUAAGUGGGGAAGAAGGCUCCAGCUACAACGGCACGUGGUCCACACGCGCCUCCCCAGAAAAAUCUCACACAUUCAACUUCGGCAUCCUCAAUAGAGAUGACCCAGUUGAGAAAGAUUGUAAUUUGACUGAAUCGGAGCCAGUGACUCGUGAGCUCUUCCCGGUGAGUGGACUCUGCGAGUUGAACAUGGGGAGACCUAAUAAUAAUGGCAAUGGAAACUGGAUUAAUCAACAAGUUGUUCCAAGUAAAUUGGUACAUCAGCAGGUACAACAUGUAAAGCCCAAGAAAAGUAGGAGGGGCCCACCUUCCCGGAGCUCACAGUAUAGGGGGGUCACUUUUUAUAGAAGAACUGGGAGAUGGGAAUCCCAUAUUUGGGAUUGUGGGAAACAAAUUUAUUUAGGUGGAUUUGACACAGCUCUUGCCGCAGCCAGAGUAUAUGAUAGAGCUGCAAUCAAGUUCCGGGGCGUUGAUGCCGAUAUUAAUUUCAAUCUUAGUGAUUACGAGGGGGAAAUUAAUCAGACGAGGAGUCUGAGUAAAGAGGAAUUUGUGCAUAGAUUGCGAGGUCGCAGCACGGGUUUUUCCAAGUACAAAUGUGGUCGAUGGGAAGCUCGAAUAACGGGCAAAAAUUAUAGUUUUGGACUGGGGCAUUUGAUAGGGCGGCCAUCCAGUGUAACGGAAGGGAUGCUGAGUCGAGUAAAUACGAGGAGGAAAGUAUAUCAGAGCCAAGGAAUGAAGGUAGCCAACACCAUCUCGACCUCAAUUUGGGGAUUUCAACCACUUCCCCAAAUGAGAAUGAAAGUUUGGCAUUGCUUCAGUUCCAACCUGGUGUUGUUCAAAAUGCAAGAAAAUCCAAGCUACAGAUGGAUCCACCUCUUAAGGGAACAUCAUUGGCUGGUCUAAAUCCUAAAUCUGUCUCCUCCUACGAGAGAACAGAAUUGACUGGGGGUGGCAAGUGGACAGUCGAGCAGCAUCAUCAGGAUUCCCGUCGUCAUGAAAAUAUCGCACUACAGUCAACAGACAUUUCUCGCUACUAGCAAUCUCUCAGCCUGGUUGAUAUGUCAAUGUACACAAGUAGAAUUGAUUUUUAUUCUUUCACAUGACUGAUGGAGCAAUUCAAAUUUGUUUCUAAAAUCGAGAAGGAUUCAUAUUCAAGAAGCAAAAAACCAAAAUCCCAUUUUCUUUUUAA